AUGAAUAAUCCUUCUUGCAUGGAAAAUAGAAAAGAAUAUUCUCAUAUACAUUAUACUAAUAUUGGCUAUUUCCAUAAAUCUGAACUUACUGGUGAAAACUCAGCUUCUUUCAAUAUUAAUAAAAAAUCUGUACUGAGUAGCAGUGAUCGAAAACCAAAUAUUGAUAAUAUUAUUGAAUCUGAUAUAGCCAUUGCUAACAGUUCCGAUAAUCAGCUUGAAAGUGUAAAACCACUUAAACUGAACUCAACAAAUCAACCAAAGACUUAUGAAAAUGACAGAAUUGAAGCUAAUGAAGAGGAAAAUGUGAACUUUGUGGAAAAUUAUUUAAAUCGAAAAAGCAUAGAAUACAACAUAAAAGAAUUCAUAACCAGAAAAAGAAUCAUGAAUGUAAAAUAUGUCAUCAAUAAAUUUGCAUCACACAGUCACUUGCUGAUGCAUUUAAGAGUUCAUUCUGGUGAAAAGCCAUUUAUUUGUCAAGUUUGUGGCAAAGGAUUUAUGCAAUCAUCAGGUCUUACAAUACAUAUGCGUUCACAUACAGGUGAGCGCCCUUUUAAAUGUGAUAUCUGCAAUAAAAGCUUCACGCAAAGUAGUAAUUUGCUGCUUCAUAAAAAGAUUCAUUCUGGCCAAAGAGAAUAUGUUUGCCAAACUUGCCAAAAAGCAUUCAAAUUUUCAAAGCAUUUACAAAGUCAUAUGAAGCUACACACUGGAAUAAAAGACUUUACAUGCAAUAUUUGUCAUAAAGGAUUUAAUAG